UCAAUAUCAAUGACAUAUAAUCAAAAGUAUAUUCUAUAUGUUCUUGCCAAAGUUAUAAAAAAUCCCAAAAACAUGAAAAAUAUGUACGUGGUCGCGAAAGCAAGCAAUGAAAUGAAACGCAAAUCUUUCCUUGAUAUUCUAUUCUGGGUAAAAAACAAAGUAAGAUCUGUAGAAAAUGAUUCUACAGUAAAUCUUCGUAGUUAUACUACAAGCUCGGGUUCAGGAGCGAUGAAGGGCGAGAGCGCGGGGAGAGCGGUCACUGAAACGGCGGGUACCUUCGGGGAAUACGGCGCGAUACAAGAAGAUAGCUACUUCUAUAAGAAACAAAAAGAACAAUUGAAGCAGAUAAAAAAGAAGUUAGAACAAUCCGAAGCUUCUCAAUUAAGCCAGAAGAAAGAAGACAAGUAAUAGAAGAUGUUUCUUUUCUUUGGUUCCUAAUUCCUAAAAAAAUGUUAUCGAUUCGAAUCCUGUUAACUAAAUUAUUUUUUUCUGAAUAUUGACUUGUAGGUACCUUA